AUGGCCGACAUAUGGAGUGGCGACAUUGUGCUCGCCGACAACACUGCAAUCAGAGAGGCAGAUGUUACUCUCGCAUCGCACCAGGUCGCGUCCUCUCCCGCUCUCCCCGCGACCGCGCUUCGAUUCCUCUCUAGCGUCAACACUGCUCACAUCCCCCUUUGUCUGGUCGUCGGCCCAAGCUGGAAUGUCUGGACGAGCUGUGAAGACACUGAACGAUGGUUUCAUUCCAUAGUGGGGGGGAAGGCUCCCGCGGUGAUCGACCCCACAACAGGCAAUGCCGCUAUGCAGGACUGGUGGACAUACCCGCGGUCGCAAUCGCCCAUUGGAAUACUAGUCCAGGUAGAAGGGGAGGCUGCGGCCAGGAGCUCUCCCAGGGUAACUGAAAUCCUGUUCUACGGCGCAAUUAGUACGCCCGCAAAUCGAGGCUUCCCAACACCACCUUCGUCCUCGCCUGAACUUGCCCACCCCCGCCCCGAAGUUCUCCCUGACCUUCGAGUACACGCCCUUCCACUCUCCUCUGAACUUUUGAAUGUUGCAGCAAUCUCCGAUAUCCCACUACUGUCGCCGCCCGUUCUCGAAUGCGACGCACAAUUCCUCUCAUCCGUCUAUACCAAUCUCUCUGCGACGAGCUCACCGAAGCGGAAGAGGGACCUAUUCGAUGAAGCAACACAACUGCGGACGAAGGUGAGGAGAAAGGGUGGUGAAGGUGUCGCAGCUGCAGCAGCUAGAGCCAGCGAUGCACACCUAGCUCCCACGGCUCGAAGGUCCCUGUCCAUCGACACUAGAACCACACCUUUCCCAGAGAGUAGACCUGAAUCCGCAAACGAUGCUCUUUCUCGCCCUCCUUCUCGUUUGCACUCCAGAUCCCCUAGUAUCUCUUCCGAUAUCCGGCCUUUGAGCAGAAAGGGAACACUCGAUGGUCAAGCCAGACGAUCAGCGCUGUGCCAAGUUGCAACUGUAUCGCUUCAACCCGAGGAGCCUACCACCGAGAUGAGGAAUAAAGAAUCUCUAUCACGCGUGGUGAUGGCAGCUAUGCGCAUGCACGGGCUGCAACAACGGAAGAAGAAUAAGGCUCGCCACAACUCCGUCGCCCCAGGCGCAGAUAUGGCGGAGCAAUUGAGCGAAGAGGCAGCAGCAGAAGAAGCCGCUAAGGAUGGGGAAUACAAGCUAAUCUACCACCAAACCUACAAGGGAGCCGUUCUCGCGCUGAGGAAACACAUCUCCACGAAACCGCUGCAUUCUCAACCCGACCGACUCCGCGACAUUGUGGAAAAGCUUCUUGUUGUUUUUUGUACGGAUCCAUUAGCUGAACCACUACCCAGCGAUGAGGCUCCGAAUCUGCUCGCCACACCCGGGAGCCAAAGGAAGCUCGGCAUUCCUGGUUCUACUCACAGCCAAGCUAGCCCUUUUGAUUUACCAAAGGCUAGUCGAAUGCACUCGGGUUCACCACGGAGCAGGAGCAAGCGAGCUUAA